AUGUCUGGCCAUUCUGCUCCAUCCUCUUUACCAUCCCGCAUAGCUUCACUGGUCCAUGCUCAAUUCGAUGCACUACCCAAGCGCAGCAAGCCCACCAUCUUCCCCGAUGGAUCGCGGGAGUGGAUCCCAAUGACGGGCAUUGUGGCCGUUAAGGGAGAAAAUACGCCCGCCGAAACAUUGACUUGCAUUGCCGUCACGAGCGGAGCCAAGUGCUUGCCAGCAUCUCUCAUCCCCAAGUGUCGGGGUCUCGUACUGCAUGAUUUCCAUGCGGAAAUAUUAGCGCUACGGGCUUUCAACUACUGGCUCUUGACGGAAUGCCGCAGUGUCUUAAUUCAAGAAGAACAUGAAACAUCGAAGCAUCAUCCAAAUGCCAAUAUGAUGAUGUCGGGCUCUCCAUUCAUUCGAAGGAGGGAAAACGAUGAACAUGAUCACGGCAUCAAGUGGCCUCCGUUUGAGAUUCAGCCUGAUGUCAAGGUGUACAUGUACUGCACAUGCGCACCUUGCGGUGAUGCAAGCAUGGAGCUCUGCAUGGCGGCCCAAGAAGACGCAACGCCGUGGGAGGUUCGUCGGCCAGAUCCCGAGAUAGGAGAUGGCCUUCUUGACGGCCGAGCACAUUUCUCUCUCCUCGGUGUGGUCCGUCGAAAGCCUUCGCGCAUGGACGCUGAGUCCACACGGAGCAAGUCUUGCUCUGAUAAACUCGCACUGCGACAGGUAUCAUCGCUGCUCUCCUGGGAGACUAGUAUGCUCGUCGCGCCUACCGAAAAUGCCUAUCUUGCUGGGCUUAUACUACCCGAAGACGAGAUUAGUCGGGUUGCCUGCGAUAGAUCCUUCGGGGAAACCGGUCGAAUGCAGGCUCUCGUGGGACGGACAUGGCCCGAGACUCCUGGUUCGGCUACUUCGAUGUAUCAAUUCCGUCCAUUCGAGGUUCUUUCUGUUCCAGAAGAAGAGAUCAAUGCGCUGUGGCGUUUUGCAAAACCGAAAUCUGGAAUGACAGACGCAGAGAAUAUUGCAAUCGAUAAGAAAUGCAAACCGAGUAACACGUGCGCAAUAUGGACAUCUGCACCGUCAUUCUCUCACCCAUGCGCCACUAACCCUGGCACCGGUAUCAAAACAUUGCCAACCUUGUGCCGGUCAAAGACAGGUCUAUAUGAGACUAUUAUCAACGGAGUGAAACAAGGGAACCGGGCAACCACGCCGCUUCCACGCGGGGCAUCGUAUCUGUCCCGGGCCGAGCUUUGGGCUCUUGUCCGAGAGAUUGUUCAGCGGCCAGCAUGUCAUAGUUGCCAAGAUGGGGUUGGUUUCCCGGACCUCUCAUUUAUGAAACGAUGUACCGAUGAAGUAAUGACAUACCGGGACCUCAAACGCGGUGGAACCGACUUGGCCGAUCCGCUGCGAGUCCGAGGACAAGCCGUAUGGGACACUAAACAAGUUCUCAAAGGCUGGAUUCCCAAUGCGGGGGAUGAGAGUUGGGGCUUGGACGUGUUGGAGGAUCCCAAAAGGCCAAAAUGCUGA